UCUUGCUGUCAAACUUUGUUAUGGUCAAAUCGUCCCAUCAUUUAUUCUUAAUUUUAGGAUUUUGUUCUUUUCAUUUAAUCGCUACAAAACAACAAAGUAUUUAAAAACCAGAUUAGAAUUUUUAUGUAACUUAAAAAUGUGUGUAUGAUAGUUAAUUCAUCCCACCAGAAGCAUUUGUUUAGUGUAAAUAGUUAUGUGACCUAAGUUUAGUAAAGUAGGAAAUAUUCUUACAAGAUAAUGGCUGACUAUCAUAUUAGGGAGGCGGCUGAAUCUCUUCUGGGCAGUAUGUCGAACCAACCGUAUCGAAGUUUGACUCAGUCGCAGUCAGUCAACCUUCUCACAGAAGAUCUGGUAGCGGGGCACAGGCCACAAGGCAGGAUGUCCUCGAUCCGUCGAUUCUUCUGUCUGUUCGUCACAUUCGACCUGCUGUUCACCAGUUUAAUGUGGCUGAUUUGUGUUGUGAUGCGAGGAGAAACCCUAGCGCAGAUAUUUACGCGGGAAAUAAUACACUAUGACAUUAAAGUGUCAUUAUUUGACAUUGUGUUGGUUGCUGUGAUUCGAUUCGUGAUACUCAUAUUGUUUUACGCAAUUUUGUACAUAAAUAAUUGGAGCGUUAUAGCGCUCUCUACGGGUGGUACGUGUGCCUUUUUGAUCGCCAAAGUGUUCGUAUUUGACUGGCCAGACGCCGCACAGCCAGUGUACCAAGUGUUUCUAAUUCUCACAUCGUUCACGUUAUCUUGGAGUGAAGCUUGGUUCCAGGACUUUAGAGUGCUUCCGCAGGAGUUGCAAGCGAAGCAGAUAUUGGAGGCUAUAGUACAUCACGGAGCCUCGGAGCGUACGCCCCUGCUUCGCCCGGCUGCCUCCACGCACGGGGGCUCCACUGUGAACUGGUUCUCACCGGUGGAGACUCCGGAGUCGAGUCCGAGACCUCGCCGCCCGGGGGAACAAGUUAUAUUGACGCAGGACCAGAUCGACGAGUACAAGCGGCUAGCGGACGAGAGCAUGGCGCACGCAUGGCGUGUCGUCAACGCGGCGAAUUGGAAGCUAGAGAAGCGCGGCUCGCAGAAGGGGGAUAUAGUGGAGUCCACGCAAACGGAACAGUUCGGGAAGGUGUAUAGGUUUACGGGUAUCGUAGAUUGUCCAGCUAAGUUUUUGUACAGUGAAUUUAAAGACAACAUUACAAGGCUACCAGAAUGGAAUCCUACUAUUUUGAAAAGUGAACUUAUUAAAGAAAUAGGCCCCGGCGUGGACCUAUCGUACCAAGUGACAGCGGGUGGGGGGCGCGGUAUAAUCUCCCCCCGGGACUUUGUGAUACUGCGCCGUAUGGCGGCUCUGUCGCGCGAGGGGAGACCGACGGACGACGAGCCGUACUGCUACAUCAGUAGCGGGGUCAGUGUCGCCGUGCCCGGGUACCCCCCGCAUACAGAUAUGGUCAGAGGCCACAAUAAAGUGGGUUGUUGGUGUCUCAAGCCGAAAUCGGUGCAGACGCCGAACGGCAAAGUUGAACAAACCGUCUUCCAGUGGCUGAUGUGCUGCGAUUUGAAAGGUAAAAUACCGCAGUUCGUGCUCGACGCAGCGUUCGCUACAGUGAUGCUCGACUACAUUGUUCACGUGAGGAAAUACGCGGCUGACUCCAAGGCGAAGGGACUGUUCUGAAUGAAUGAAUGAACGAAUGAACGAUAAUAGUGGACAGGACAGGGGUUUGGAGUUAGUGUUAAAAGUACAAUGCAGUGGACUUAUAAAAAUAUGUCUAUAGUAUGCAGUUGACUCAGAAGUAAAGGAAUUGUUUCGAAUGAAUGAAUGUACGAUUAAAGUGAACUGUGCAGGGGUUUGGAGUAAAAAAACGAAAUAAAAUGACAAAAUAUGCAGUAGACUUUACUUUAGAAGUUGUAUUGAACGAACGAUUGAAGUGGACUGUACAGGGCUUU